UGCUUCAGUGGGAAGAGCUCAUUAUUACGGACAAGUGCUUCUGCAGAAUGCUUCUGAUGAAACGCACUGUAAAAAAAGACCGAGCUCCCAUUGGGUCUGGCCAUUGUACCCCUUUUGUUGGCAGCCUCGACACCGCAAUGGACGCUAGAGACCCAGUAUGGACCAGUGCCACAUAGCCCUGCUCGCAGGGUCCAACUCUCACGAUUCGCCACCCUCAUGUGUGAGAGAAAACAACAGUGUACAACACGGUGAUGAGCUUCACUACAAUGUUUAGUCAGAUGUUUUGGAGUGUUUUUAUUGCCACUGUGCUCAUGGAGGAGGUUUGCUGACACGUCACUGACUCUUGCAUGUGUUAAUCAUUUAUAUUUAUAGCCGUUAGACUGUUGUCAUUUGAAGUAACAAGAGCCAAAGGUCUCCUUAGAUCAUCGGAGGGAGAAAAGCCUUCUGCGUAUGUCGCCAGUUAUGGAGGGGAUCCCUAGAGGCUUCCUGCUGUUGUGUCUCAUCAGCCUAACUCGCGCAAACAGCAGUCCCACAAUCAGCACUUUACUAGUUAAAGUGUGCGAAGACACUCCUGUAGAUUCCUUUGCAUUCAAAAUAGAAGCAACAGAUAAGGAGAAUGAUCCACUGACAUAUUCGCUUCAUGGGGACAAUGCCAUAUACUUCAGUGUUGACCGUAAUACAGGAGAUGUAUCCGUUGCAAGGAAGCUUGAUCGAGAGGUUAGCGAUUUAUUGCCACUUGGAGUUAGUGUUUCAGAUGGCCCCAAUGAUACACCAGGAGAAAUAAAUGUACUUUUAAAGGACGCCAAUGACAAUAGACCAAACUUUGUGGAGUCUAGCAAUGACAUUAAAGUGCCAGAGAAUACCCCAACAGGUACUUCUCUAUUUAAAGUACAGGCCACAGAUGAUGACAUUUCAUAUGCUGGUCAAGUUAGAUACAGCAUUGAUGAAGUUACUCCAAGUCAUGGAUUGAAUCUGUUUAAUAUUGUUCCCACAACUGGUGAAGUCCGAUUGAACGGGGCCCUAAAUUACACUGGACUGAGUUCUAACUAUCGACUGAGGAUUAAUGCAACUGACGGAGGGGGAAAAUGUUUUUACAGUGACGUUAAAUAUUUAUCGAACAUUGCUUUUUACUUCAUUAACGUUGAGGAUGUCCCUGAUCUCAACCCCACAUUUCUGGGCCUUCCCUACAUCACAAACAUAGAGGAGAAUUCUCUAGUGGACACAUCUGUCUUUACAGUGACAGCCAUUGACCCAGACAUAGACGUUAAUGACAGGAUCAUCUACAGCAUUGAAGAAUCCACUGCAGAUGGUCUUUUCAAAAUCUCGAGCGCGAAUGGCACUAUUUUUGUAAUGUCGACAAUUGACAGAGAAGAUAUUGGUGAUGCCGUUACCAUGACUGUCAAGGCCACUGAGUCACAGCCAAACAUUCUUGGAGUAUACGCCAGCACCACAGCAAAAGUACAGAUCAACAUCAAUGACGUCAAUGACAACAAGCCAGAAUUUUACAAGUGUGAAGGCUCAGGAGAGGAGAAAAUCUGUAGUAAAGCAAGUCACUUCACAGGGGACAUAGCCGAGCACUUACUGGCAAGUGUGCCCAUAAACAUGAUGGUGAAGGACCUGGAUAAGACUAAAAGCAUUGAAUUAACACUGGAGGGAGAAGACAAGGACGUGUUUUCUGUUGAGCCCCAGUUUACGAUGUUGGAUAGCGUUGUUCAACUUGUGGUCAAACAACCUCAAAAACUGGAUUAUGAAGAUAAACACCAAAUGGUUGUACAGGUGAUUGCCAGCGAUCCAGAAGAAAGUAGCUUUGUGUCCACUGCCACAGUUACUGUCAUGAUUGAAGACACCAAUGACAACAGUCCCAGGUUCCCAAAGGAUACAUACUUAGACUUGAAGGUGCCUGAACACUCUCCUCCUGGGACUGUUGUGGAUACUAUCACUGCAACUGACCUUGAUACGAUGGACCAAGGCAACAUCACCUACAUGCUUCUCCCAGAAAGCAUACGGGCAUAUUUUGACGUGAAGCCACAUACGGGGGAAAUUUAUGUGAAAAACCAGACACUGUUGGAUCGUGAAGUCAGAUCUUCGUACUCGGCCACUUUGCAGGCCAAAGACUCAGGUGGCAACCUCGGGACCGCAUACCUGGAGUUCAUUGUGACGGACAUCAAUGACCAGCAUCCAGUCAUCAACAGAGAAUAUUAUCAGGAGUUUGUAGAAGAGGGCACACAGCUUACACUUCAAGUAGAGGCGACUGAUGCAGAUGAACCAGGCACAGUAAACAGUGAAAUCAUGUAUACAAUAAUGCCGAGCAAUUACAGCGAAUACUUUAUUAUGGACCCUGACACUGGUGUACUGAGAAAUAGAGUUGAACUGGACCGUGAGGCUUUGGAUGCGGCGUUGAAGGGGAAGAUUGAGCUUACUGUUACUGCCACAGACAAGGGUAUGCCUCCACUGUCCACCACAGUCAGAGUGAUCAUCAAUGUGGAGGAUGUCAACGACAAUGCGCCAGAAUUUAAAAACUCCUCAUACAAGUUCAGUGUCAAAGAAGGGGAAAAAGGAGCAUCUGUGGGAUCGGUCCUCGCUGAAGAUUUGGAUCAAACGACAGACUUCAAUCGCAUAUCCUACCGAAUCAUUGAUGGGACUUUUGGCAGGUUUAUCAUUCGCACCUCUUCAGAAGACCAAGGUUACAUGGGAAACAUCAACGUGGACCCGGACGUUGAGUUGGACUAUGAGAGUGCUCAGAAGUAUUACAUGCUACGGGUAGAAGCCACAGAUCUGGAGCAGAAAAAGGCAGUGGUGAUGGUGGAGGUGGACGUGCUGGAUGUGAAUGAUGAAACGCCCGAAUUUGAGCAAUCUAUGACUUUUUCAGUAAAAGAAAACAGCACUCUUGAUGAGGCUGUUGGGACAAUUAUUGCAAAUGAUAAAGAUGGAAACCACUCUCUGAUCUACAAGUUGGAUUCCCUCAAAUGCAGAUGCAAUGGCUCUAUGUCGCCUUGUGACUGGUUUGUGCUGGAGCAGGAGACAGGAGAAGUGAUGGUCAACCCCAAACACAAGCUGGAUUAUGAGCUCUGCGACCAGGCACAGAUGGAGGUCCGGGUGAUAGAUGAGUACACUGAGAAAGGGGACAACAACAGAACAGGAAAAGUGGUGAUCAACAUUGAGGACAUCAAUGACAAUGCACCACAAUUCAUCUUCUCGGAUUCCAUAUUUGUUGUCGUGUCAGAGACUGCAAGCAAGGGGACGUCAGUUGGGGGUGUCACUGCAAGAGACCGUGAUACUGGAAUCAAUGCGCAGAUUGAAUUUGAAGUAGCUGAAGUAAAAUUCAAAGACAUUAACAAUCACACAGGUGUCACCAACUUUCUGUUUGAGGCCGUCACCACGCAGCAAAAGGAUGAAUACAUUGGGAUCAUUCAAACCACUGAGAGCCUUGAUAUGAGGGUGAAAGGGAAAUAUUUAGUAACAGUGUCCGCAACUGACACCGGCGGCCUCGCCACCAACACCACACUGGAGAUUUUCACUAUUGAUGAAUCGUAUAGAGUUGAACUUCAAUUUAGAAAAACCAAAGCUGAAGUGGAAAAAAAUGAACCUUCAAUCAUCAGGUCACUUACUUCUGCCACCAAAGCUAUGGUUGAAGUUGUUGCUAUUCGUGAGGAGACUUCAGAAGAAUCCAGGGCUUCCGUCGGCAGCAUCAUGGUGGCAUAUUUUGUUUAUCCCAAUGGGACGGCUAUAAUAUCAGAUGAAGUGGAAGUGAUGAUAUCCGAUCCCCAACAUGCUCUUGUAUUGGAGCAGUUAGGCCUCAUGUACAUUGCUGGUUCCUCAGUGAACCCUCCAAAGUCUGACCCUUUCAAGUACCCUCUGAUCGGCAUCGUUGCGGGUCUCAUCAUUGUUCUGGUUGUUCUCAUCACGUCGCUGGUUUGCACUCGCAGGAAUUACAGAAGGAAGCUCAAGGCAGCAAAAGCCAUGAAUUCUGCAACCAUGGUGGCAUCUGACAACCUCAAAAGCGGCCCGGUGGUGCCGGGGACCAACAAGUACACCAUGGAGGGGGCAAACCCAGUGCUCAACCUCAACAUCGACACAUCCAUGGUCCUGGACAUGGAUGAAGAAAGUUCAGAUGUUGACAAAGUCAGCUUUGACUCCCUGGACUAUAGCGACGACAUGAACACAUCUGAUAAGGACAUAAAACCUGUUAUGCAGAUGAUCCAGGAGGAAGAGGAGGACAACGGGCUACCAGAGUAUAUUGAGCCUCUGGGUGCUGCUCUGGCUCAGCGGAACCAGAAGAAAGGCUCAGACAAUCAACAAGUGGGUUUCAGCAACCCUGCAUUUAGCACUACAGACCUGUGAUAUCACGGUAGACACUGACCAGAGGGCUCGGAUGCAUGUGACCUCUGUGCAAUCACAAUAACUUGCAUUUACUUAAAUGUUUUUAUUUAAAUAAUGUACAUGCUUAGUGAUGUCCAUAUGCUCAGCAUCAAGAAGACAUUUUGGUUCUCUCAGUGUUUUUUUUUAGUUUUUUAUGAUUUUGCGAAUGGAGUUGAAAUAAAGCAAUCAAGGUGUGAUUCAAGUGUAUUAAUUUGAUGCUGAGCACCUCCAUUUUCAGAGGGAAAUGCAGCUUUAAUCACAUGUUGUUUGUUUUAUUUAUAAAAACAUUGUUGUCCCAAUACUUCUGGAAUUAACUGCACAUACUGGUUGUACAACAAAGUUGACAUUUUGAAAAAAAUAUUACAUUACCAGAUAAUUACAAGGGCAUAGGAUAUCCAGCUCAUACAGCCUCCCAUGCAGAGCCAGACCUAACCAAUGUGGCGCCCUAGGCAACAUUUUAUCAGCCCCCACCCCUGCAUUGGCAAUUUACAGCACUUGCAAAACAAACGGAAUGACAAUGUUUUCGCCAUUGUCUUUAAUUUGUAAAAUAAUUUGUCACUCAAUUUACAUUUACAAUUGACAUGGUUAACAAAUUACAAAUCUAUUUUUAAAAAUCUGAACUACAAUAUAAAUACCUUUACCACAAAAUAAAAAUCCUGUAAAUAAGUGCAUAAAUAAUAAAAGUAGCAAUAAAUAAAUACAACAAUCAACAUCGAACAAUUUAAAUAACCACACAGUUUGCACACAAUACUACAAUACACAAUACAAAACUAUAUAUAAGCUACAGUUGUACUACAUGUACUAACUUUUUACAAAAACUAAAUAAAAUAGCUAUGCAAAAUACUUACUCUGUACACAACUAUAUGCAAAACUAUGUCCAAAAUCAUUUGUAGUAAUAUGAAUUGGGCAUUGUUUUACAUUUGAAUCAAUGAGAGUGUUUCCAUUUUAAGAGUUAAUAGUAAUAACUAGUUUUAAUAUAAUUGUAUCGAAGUUGAAUUUUUUUUUAGCAUUUGGCUAAUGGGCCAGCUGGCUCUGCUCCCAUGUAUAAUUUAUCAACAUCUGGUGUAAGAUUUGUUUUAUCCAUGUAUUAUCGUGUUUUAUCCCCUGCCUACAUCUCCAAAACAAAUAUCAUCUGGCUGCAGUACAACUGUGCCACUGAGACGCUGGUGUCACAAUACCUGCAAAACUGUAUUUAGUCUCUCUUAAUCAAGAGGAUAUAAAAGAACGUGAAAACAAAUGGCUUGUGCACAUUGCUUUAUUUUUUUGUCCAUACAUGGUCAAGCAGUAAUUUGAAAAUCGUUUUUCAUUGGAAAUGAAAAUAAUGUCAUAAUAGUAACGCACAAUGCACACAAUUUCAGUGAUGCUGCCCUGAAACAUAAAAAGAAAAGUGUAUUGCAUUGCCUCAUUGGAUGACAUGAGGUUGUGCAUGAAGGUCUUUUUGUUUACUUUUUGCAUCUUCAUGCUGCGUCAGCUCUUUACAAGUAGCACUGAAAAGAUUUGGUCACAUCAAAAUGAAUGUAUUAAAAGUGCAAAAAAUUAACGAAUUCCUUAAAGGUAAAUGUGAUUCUAAUUGUCUGCACAACAACAUCAAGGACCGACAAUUCUGAAACUAAACUACAUUUAAGAUACGAUAAUUGCUUCACUUUAUUACAACUAAAUAACAAUGGUAAAAGCUGCUGUGAGAAUAACAAAAGAUUCGCAUAGCUGAAGGCAUACUUUCAUGAUUGUGCUUUUGUGCUUUACUUUUCCACAAAACAAGUCAGAAAAUGGUUCCAAGUUUAAAAGCAGAAUACGGGACCACAUACAAAAGCCUGAACUGACAUUUAGAUCCAUUUGUAUUUCACAUCCCUCACGACACGACCUCUUGAUUUUACUCAUCGACCUCAGGGCCGUGACUCUCUGAUCCAUCUCCAUCCAUGCAGCUUGUUAGCAACCAGGAGACGGGGAACUUGUUGCCAUGGUUUCAUGCUCAUGUCUGAAGUGCUUCAACAAAAAAAGCAGAUAAAAGUGGACAAUUGAAAGAUCACGGUAGGAAGGCGGGCAUUAAAGGAGAAUAGCUAACAAUGACAUCAAUAUGGAGUGGAACCUCCAAAUUUGGGUUCCAACCAAAAAGGCCUUGAAAAAAAUGCAAAUAAAACUUGGAUUUGAAACAAGCAUGCGUCACAUCAGCAAAUCAUGUGGCGCUACAGCACAUACAUCAUCUACAUAAUUAAUUGUUGUGUUUUGCUUUUUUAAGUGUUACCGCUGGAGGGCAGAGUUACCAACACCAUUACUGUUUUCCUCCAGUAAAGAGUCAUGUAUUUAUUUACUAUUUCAAAUGUUACAACGCAGUUGCUGAUAUCGACAGUGAAAUGUUAUUUUGCACUGUUAUCGAACAGCUGUUAUCCUCUAGCCAGUUCACUCUUAAAGAUGUUACGUUCGUGGCCGAAUCACGUCUUUCAAACGGCUCUUUUAUGUGUACCGUUGAGAACUGAUUUGUAGAUACAGUCGUCCCUCGUUUGUCGCGGUUAACUGCUAAGUGAAAAGUAGGAAUCAAUAUUAAUAAAUGUAAUAUUUUCAUACUUAAAGCAUAGAAAACCUGUUUAUGACCUUCUAAAAAACGUUUUUUAACAUCAUUGGGGCCCUGUAGACAUUAAAUAAUACCCUUAUACUGUAGUCAUAUUAAGCAAUAAUAAGACAUUAACUCACCCCCAGCAUUGGGAAAGUUCCCUGUUGUUGCAGUAUCUCGAACGUAAUGUGGGUUGAUCGCAUGGCAUUAAAAAAAGAUCGACAUGAGCCUAUCAUCCAUCCUCACUAUGAACUUUGUCACUUGAUUGAUAACAUUAAUCUGCCGUAUAUAGACGUACACUCCGACAAUACUGCUAGUUUUGUUUACACCACAUUGCACACCGCUUAUGCGCAGGCUAUGGGAUCUCUGACGGGACACAAGAGAGGGCUGCCGCUUUAACAAUAGGAAUCUACCGAGCUAACUGGUUAGCCUCCAAUUUAUUUUUUCUAAAAUUAAGAGUACGUGAGUAAGUCUGACACUAAGUGGGGAAGAAGGAUAAAGUAAAAAGGCAAAUGCGUAAUAGAAUAGGAGAACUUUUUUGCACUAUGUCAUGUAGGACUGUAACACUGACGCCAAGUGAACAGAAUACUACAUAUGACUUGUCUUUCAAUAUGUUUUUACCUAUAAUAGGCCAUAGCCAACCACGAAACAGUGAUCAUUUAUUUAUUAAUACAUUUUUUGAAAAACAGUGAUAGAGCAAGGGA